AUGUCGAAAGUUCCUCAAAUUCGUUCAGUAGCCAAGAACUUCAUUGCCAUUGAACAAGAAGAAGGUGUCGGAGCCCACGUGAGAAGAUCCAUUGGAUCCAUGAAACAAAGAAAUUUCUCACCUUUCCUACUAAUGGAUCACUUCACAGUCUCACAUCCAGCUGGGUUCCCAGAUCAUCCUCACCACGGCCAGGAAACUAUCACAUACGUUCUCAAUGGUAUGAUUGCACAUGAAGAUUUCACUGGUUCAAAAGGUGUCCUAAGACCUGGUGAUUUACAAUUCAUGACUGCUGGUAAAGCUAUUAUGCAUUCUGAAAUCCCAGUAAAAAUGGAAAAUGGUACCCCAGGAAUUGGUAUUCAAUUAUGGGUUGCGUUACCUAUAGAUUUGAAAAAUUCUGAACCAAGGUAUAGAAAUUUAAGAGGUGAUAAAAUUCCAAUUAUUAAACCAAAUGAAAAUCUAACUGUGAGAGUUAUUAGUGGGAAAUCUUAUGGAACUGAAUCUGUUAAGGAUUUAGCUUAUACCCCAAUCGACUACUAUAUAUUUAAUAUGAAUAAGAAGGGAGUGGAAUUCUUCCAAGAAACACCUAGGAAUUUCAAUUUCUUCCUUUAUAUUACUAAGGGUGCCGUAGAGAUAAAUGGUGUAGUGUAUCCAAAAUAUUCUACUGUUUUCUUUGAUACUGAUGGGGACUCUAUUAAGGGUAAAUCUGCAGCUGAUGAGGAAACUGAAUUCGCCAUUAUUGGUGGAUUAAUCCUAGAUCAACCAAUUCUACAACAUGGUCCAUUCGUAGAAACUGAUAGAGAAAGUUUAUUACAAGUAUUUAAGAACUACCAAUAUUGUAUUAAUGGGUUUGAAAGGGCUCGUGGUUGGAGAUCUUCAAUUGCUGACGGUAUAUUAGAAAAGGAUGUUCCAGCUUUUGAAAAAUCAUCAAAAGACUAA